AACUUAUUUAUAGAUCUAGUUUUGUGAAAUCUAUUGCCAUCACCAGAAGUGUACUUUGAAAAAUCGGCUUAUUUUCGGAAAAAUACUAUUAUUUUCUUGAAAAAUAAAAUUAAACUAUUAAAUAAACGAAAUUUAAUAGAAAAAUAGCAAAGAAAUAUGGACUCGGAUAUUACCUAUCAACAAAUAUGCAGUGUACGCACGGUACAAUCCGAUAAAAAGGGAUUUUUCAACGAAUUCUAUUUGGAAGUGCGAGAAGCGUGCGGUGAAAAAUGGCUAACAAACUAUUUCGGAAAAUUGAAAUCCGACCAAGCUCGCAUACUUUCGAUAUUCAGUGACCGGGAAAUUUGUGAUCCAGUUUUAGGUGUACUGGAAAAUGUUCGUCCUGUUUAUAAGCAAAAAGAUGCAUUAUUUUCAAGCCAGCGCAGGGCACAGGCUGAAAAAUUCAAUCUUUUGAAUGACCCUAAGCAAGCACUUGCUCUGGCGAAUUUAGCUGUUGUGAGGGCACCAGCAAGAGACAUUGACCUUUCAGUUGAUGGAGGCCUCACUUUGGCUUUGGCGUUUUGGACAAGAGCUCUCAUACUUCUUGACAUGGGCAAUGGUGAAGCAGCUUUAAGCGAUCUCAAGUUAGCAGCAAAUUAUGGCGUUGAGUCCAAAUCAAGUGUUGAUUACUAUCUUAAAAUGGCUAAAGCCUAUGCAUGCAUGGGUGAAUCAGCAAAAGUGGAAAUUUCCUUGAAGAUAGCUGAAAAACUUGCCCCAGAUAGUUCUAAAAUCGAUGUGUGCCGUCAGGAAAUUGCAGGCAUUAGGAAAACCACCCCAAACAAAACAGAUUUGAAAAAACCCAAUCCAAGUGGAGGAGAAAAUCCGAGCUUACUUGGAACUUCAAAUCUAGUAAAAUUGGUUGAGAGUGCGGAUAAGGGAAAGUUCAUUGUUGCCAAUAAUGAAUUGAAAACUGGUGAUGUUGUGUUAUCUGAAGAUCCGAUAGCAGCUUGUCUGCUUCCGAAUUUCUUUGGAAGUCACUGCCACAAUUGCUUUGAGAGACUGAUCACUCCGGUUCCGUGCUUAAACUGUUCAGGAAUUGCAUUUUGUUCAGCACAGUGCAUGGGAGAAGCUUGCUCGUCAUACCACAGGUUUGAAUGUGCUUUUAUGGAUUUGUUUAUUGGAUCUGGAAUGUCUAUUUUGUGCUAUAUUGCUCUGCGUGUCUUCACUCAAGCUAGAGCUGGGGUUGAACAGGGAUUAAGUGUAGCUAACAAUUUGAUUGAGAAUCUCUGUGCACACGUUGAGUCGAGAAAAGCCGAUGACUUUUUGCAAAGAAGUUUAAUGGCAGGUUUUCUAAUGCGCUGCUUGCAGAAAGCAAAUUACUUUGGGCAUCGCAAGACUGAAGGUGUCAAUCCCACCGCUUUGGAGUUAAAAGUUGCAACUGCUUUAUUGGGACUUUUGCAAGUUCUACAAUUUAACGCUCAUGAGAUCUAUGAAACACUUGUCACAGACGAGCACCGUUUCGAUGGAUCCAAAGUUAUCUACGUCGGAGCUGGUCUUUAUCCAGCUGGGUCGUAUUUCAAUCAUGAAUGUUGGCCAACCGUCGCGAGAUAUUUUGUGGGAAAACGAAUUGUUUUAGCUGCAACACGUCCUCAUAAGCCAAAUCAAAUCGUAGCAGAAAACUACGGGCCUGUGUUUACGAAAAUGAAUCUUAAAGAGCGCCAACGAGCUUUGCGUGGACGAUAUUUAUUUGACUGCAGUUGUGAUUGUUGCAAGGAAAAUUGGCCAACAUUGCAGAAACUCGAUAAGCAGGUUCGAUUUUGGUGCCCGUCUGGAACGUGUGGGUCAGUUUUGCGCUUUCCUAAGGAUCUUGCCAAAGAUGUUCGAUGUGCUAGAUGUCGAAAAAAUGUUUCGCUCAAAGAAAGCAUUGUUAAGUUAAUUAAAGUCGAGGAGAUGUACCGAGAAGCUGCAAAUGCGAUGAAGAAUCAGGAUGCAGAAAGUGCGAUAGAUCUGUUCAAGGAGGCCAUCGAUCAAUUUUAUGAAAUUGCUGUUCUACCCCAUAAGGAUACUUUGAUUGCUCAAGACUCAUUGAGGACUUGUUUAGCUAGUACGGGAACAACUUUUAAGAAAUAAUUUAAAUUUACAACCUGUGUUGUUUUAAAAAUAUGAGUAAAUAGAUUUUUUAACAAUUUAAUUUGAA